AUGUACACAUACCAAGAGUCUAUAGAAAUUCCCAACAUUACUUUACAGCCAGGAAUCCCCUCCCCCACAAACGUCCCCUCUUCUCGCUCCUUCUUUUCUCUCCCUCCCACCAGGAGUGUGAGACCCACGAGGCCGGGGGAGGUCCGGCCCCACCACCUGCUGCGUGGGCGCUUCCGGCUCCCCCCUCCCCACCCGAGCCGGGAGGGGCAGAGGGAGGCGCCUAACUCUGGGCUCGAGCGCCGCCCGCCAGCUUUCUCAGCUUGCCAGCCGGCCGGCCGGCCCGAACGGGGGGAGGGGACAGCUCUAGCCGACGAGGGCCCCGGGCCACUCUCACCUGGCGGCGGCUCCCUCCGCCAGACGCGCCCGCCACCACCGCCGCCGCCGCCGUCGCCGCCCCCGCCGCGGGUGAAUGGGGACAGGACUGGAGGCUGAGAAGAAGGACCAAAUACUUCAAAAGGUGGAGGGUGAGGAGAAGAAGGAACAGGAAAGGAAAAGGAAGAAAGGAGUAAGCAUUAGUUAGGGGGCAACUAUCUGCCAGGAACUGUGCUUUAUAAAUAUUAACUCAUUUGAUCUUCAUAAUCCCCUGGUGAUGUAAGUGUUGUUACUAUACCCAUUUGACAGUUGAGAAAACUGAGGUUGAGCUGAGAAAGCUGAGAGAAUUGAGAUUGAAAGAGGUCUUGUGACUUGCCUCAGCGUCAUUCAGCUGGUAAAUGUCUGAGGCUGAAUUUGAACUCAGGCCCUCCUGAUUCUAGGCCCAGUUCCUAUCCACUGUACCAUCUAAUUUCUGGAAGGAAAAAAAUCAAACCAACUAACUAAAUAACAACAUAACCAGACUGUCAUGAACUUGUAGAUACAGAUCACUGUCCUGAACAGGGAAAAGGAGCUGUCCAUGAAUUUUGGAAACUAUAGGAUCAUCCCAGGAAGACGCCAUCUGGAAAUACCAGCUGGCAACUGUCUGUAUGAGUACUACAAUUUCUGCCUUCCCCACACACGCAUUUACUGAAGACCCAGAAGAGAAAGUUCUGGAUAUCAAAAUCCAUGGCUCUAUCAAAUGGCUCAAAAUCAGAAAUAGAUGCGGCUUUAUCGGUGGAAAUUACAAUAAAGAAUUUCCUUUUCUCA